AUGGAGAAUGAGUCGUCAUGGAAGAGCCUGCAGCUUCCCUUUUAUGUGGUGAUCCAAGAUAAAUCUCAGGGUAGGCUACGAGACAAUAACCAUCGUGAUGAUGGCGAUGAUAACAAUAGAGAGAUGAGCAAAUUCACAUCAAUUGAGUAUGAUAAGAUAUUGGGAAAUAGUGUUGAGAAUAGUGAAUUGUUUGAGGCCCCAAUCAAUGUGUAUCCAGAAAUACGGUACAAGUUUGUCGAUGAUUUGGAAGACAUCAAAAAUGGAUCUCCGGCUGAGCAUGGUGCAGGGCACCAUCAUCACCACCACCACCCAGUGGGGCAAGAGGGACUCAAUAAUGACGAUACCGUGGUGGUAUUAGACUUUGAUCACCGAGGGGAAAACAUCGUUGGAUCAAGGUGCCUUAGUGACAAUUGGCAAGUGUAUGAGAUCAGCAGAAUGAAGAAUAAUAAGGUAUCAUUUGAAGGGCCUAACAAUCACGAAAAUACCACCAAUAUCGUUAUAAAGGGCACCAACAGCACGAUUGAUUUGGAUUCGGAAGCGCCGAUUGCUGGGACGGUCAAGGUGCCCAAGAAAGUAACAGGAGAGGAGGAAGAUUUGGAUCAGUCGAUUGAGGAUAUCCGGAAUUUGGUGAGCUUGUUUAACGAGAGGAAUAAACAGUUAGAGCAGAUGGUCAACUUGCAUUCUACCUUCCCUAGAUGA